AUGGCCGACAACAAAAGAAUGAUCAACACAGCAGCAUGCCUCAUCAUAGGCGACGAAGUCUUAGGCGGAAAGACCGUCGACACCAACUCCGCCUGGUUCGCCAAAUACUGCUUCUCCCUCGGCAUCAACCUCAAGCGCGUCGAAGUCAUCGCCGAUGAUGAAGGCGAGAUUAUUGAAGCGACGCAGCGUAUGUCGAAGAACUACGACUUUGUGGUGACGAGCGGUGGUAUCGGACCGACACACGACGACAUCACGUACCAGAGCAUCGCGAAAGGCUUUGGCUUGCCAUUGGUCCUGCACGAGGUGGCGCUGGAGAAGAUGAAGGCGCUGAGUAAACCGCGCAAGAACGAUCCGGACUUUUCGUGGGACGUGGACAGUCCGCAGCGGACGGCGAGGCUGCGGAUGGUGGAGCUGCCGUGGAAUAAGAACAAGAGCGAUGAGGAGCAGAUCUUCUUCUCGGCGGAUGAUCUUUGGGUCCCGAUCAGUAUCGUCAAUGGAAACAUCCACAUCCUCCCAGGCAUCCCGCGGCUGUUCGAGAAGAUGUUGACGGGGCUGAAGCCGAGUCUGCUGCCACGGCUGACGGACCCAGAGGGCAAAGGUGUGCAUCGGAUCUUGUUCAGUACGCCUUUGCCGGAGAGCGGGGUGGCGGGGUAUCUAACGGAGCUGUCGGGCAAGGUGGAAGGGAAGGGGGUGAAGGUGGGGAGUUAUCCGAGAUGGGGGAAGAGUAGGAACACGGUGACGCUGGUGGGGAGGGAUGUUGAGUUUAUGGAGUCGCUUGUGCCGGAGGUGGAGCAGGGGGUUAAGGGCAGGAGGAUUAAGGUCGAGGGGGAGGAUGACGAUGAGGGGAGUGAUCAGGACAAGUAG